AUGUCAUCCGACAAGGUUUCACGCGAGCCUCCUCGCGUGAAGGCACUAUACGAACUUGAUCAAGAAAAGGGAGUCCCAAUGUACCAGACGACUUCGGGACCUGUAGCGGGCGAGGUCUUCGAUGAGUCCUACGGAACGACACAACGCGGUCUCAAGUCACGACAUGCUCAAAUGAUUGCUUUGGGAGGCACGAUCGGUACUGGUCUGUUCGUGGGCAGUGGUCAGACGCUUGCCAGAGGUGGCCCAGCAUUCAUCUUGGGUUCAUUUGUCUUCAUGGCUGCACUGAUCUGGAUGAUUGUUACUGGUNUCGCGGGUACGAAGGUUGUCAUGAUGGUGGGCCUCUUGCUUGUAUCGCUCAUCAUCUGUCUCGGUGGAGGCNCCUCUGGAGAUAGACUUGGAUUCCGCUACUGGCAGAACCCUGGAGCUGCGAACGUCUAUCUUGCUGAAGGAAAUACUGGACGCUUUUUAGCACUAUUGUCGACAUGGGUGCUCAGUGCAUUUCCUUUUGCAUUUGCUCCAGAGCUCUUGGUCGCAACUGGUGGAGAGAUUGAAGACCCGCGUCGCAAUCUUCCCAUCGCAGCUAGAAGAUACUUCUAUCGUCUUAUCUUCUUCUACAUCUUCUCUGUUCUCGCUAUCGGGGUCAUCUGUCGUUCAGAUGACCAGGCACUGACCAAUGGCGGAGUUGGAGCCGGUUCUUCGGCAUUCGUAGUUGGUAUCAAGAACGCUGGCAUCCCUAUCCUGGAUUCGAUCAUCAACGGAGGCAUCAUUCUCAGCGCUUGGUCAUCUGGAAACUCGUUCCUCUAUCUUUCUGGACGAAGUCUAUACUCACUCGCUCUUGCUGGCAAUGCUCCCGCUUGGUUCAAACACUGCAGCAAGGGCGGUGUGCCAAUUCGCGCAAUGGGAGUGUCAUCUCUGUUUUCGUUGUUGGCCUACCUUAACGUUGCAAACUCUGCUAGUGUCGUGUUCAACUGGCUCGUCAACCUUACCAACACAUCAGCCUUCAUCUCCUGGAUCUGCUGCUGUGUCACUUAUAUCCGCUUCCGCAAAGCCAUCGCCGCUCAAGGUAUCCCAGACUCUGACCUCCCAUACCACAACACACUUAUGCAACCCUGGGGUGCAUGGUUCGCCAUGAUCUUCUUCGCCAUCCUAACACUCAUCAAUGGCUUUACCGUCUUUUGGCCGCAAAACUGGUCGGUUGCCAGUUUCUUUACGGCCUAUGUUGGCAUUCCCAUCCCCAUCAUUAUAUAUCUUGUUCACAAGGUGUUUUGGGCUAGACAUGAGGCUUGGGCUCGCGAUCCGCUGACUGUGGAUCUGGUGAGUGGGCUUGAUGAGGUGAUGACUACGCAUAAGCCCAAGAAACCUUAUUCCAAGUGGUAUCACUAUAUCAGAGUGCUGUGGGAGUAA